GUUUAUAUUACACAUUAGAAUUAAUGAUUUCAAAUUCACCUGAGGCUGAAAAACUCAAAGAAUUAGGAAAUGAGCAAUUCAAAUUGAGUAACUUCCCAAAAGCCAUUGAACUCUACACUGCUGCUGUUGAAAAGGCAGCUGGUAAUAAUUAUUCUUAAUAAAUUCCUAGGCAAUCAAAGACUUGUCUGUCUCUCAAAUAGAGCAUUUGCACACAUCAAAAUGGAAAACUAUGGACUCGCUAUCAUCGAUGCAGACGAGAUUUUGAAGGAGGAUUCUGGAUUCAUUAAGGCUUAUUACAGAAAGGGUUCAGCUUAUUUAUUAUUGGGCAAGUUCGACGACGCUAGAAAGGAAUUCAAAAGAGUAAUACAUUGAUUAAUUUGUAUAGGCUGACACUCUCACCUCUGGAAAAGAUGCCGAUAUUUAGGCUAAAUUGAAAUAAAUCAAAUAGGCAAUCUAUGAACGAGAAUUUGCAAAAUCCAUAGAAAGACCAGACGAAUCAAGUGAGCCCAUCGACAUCAAUGACAUCUUUGUUGAACAAGGGUACGAUGGACCAAGAAUUGACAAAGAUAUCAGUGAAGUUACACCAGAAUGGUAUCACUUAUUCGAUUAUGACAAGGUGUGAGAAUUUGAUGAAUCAUUAUAAAGAUCAAAAGAAAUUGCAUAAGAAAUAUGCAGUCAUGAUAUUACAAAAGGUAGGAGAAAUAUUGAAAUCUCAACAAAACGUAGUGGAAUAUGAUGUUCCUAAGUAAAUAUUGAUUGAGAUAAUAAUUUUCUAGAGAUCUUGAGUUUACUGUUUGUGGAGACACUCAUGGACAAUUCUUUGAUCUCUUAAACAUAUUUAAAAUAAAUGGAAAUCCCUCCGUGAAGAGACCUUAUCUAUUCAAUGGGGACUUUGUGGACAGAGGGUCUUGGAGUGUGGAAGUCAUGAUGACUCUGUUUGCAUGGAAGGUAUGCAAUCCAGACAUCAUGCAUUUGACCAGAGGAAACCACGAAAGUAGGAACAUGAACAAGUUGUAUGGAUUUGAAGGGGAAGUCAAACACAAGUAUGAUGACAAGGUUUAUGAGUUGUUCUAAACUGUUUUCAACUAUUUACCAUUGGCUUACACUCUAUCCAAAUAAGUGAUGGUUGUUCACGGAGUAAGAUGAUCUCUUUACUAUUUCUAGGGAUUGUUCUCCAAUGAUGGUGUCACUAUCAGUGAAUUAUAGAAAUUGAAUCGUUUCAGAGAAAUUCCAGAGGGGGGUCCCAUGGCUGAUAUGUUGUGGAGUGAUCCCAUCAAGUAGAAUGGAAGACAUCCAAGCAAGAGGGGCAUCUCUAUCUCCUUUGGACCUGACAUCGCUCAUAAGUUUUUGAAUGAAAAUGGAUUAUGUAUGAGAGUUCUAUUAACUAUAUUAAAGCUCUCUUGGUGAGGUCGCAUGAGAUGAAGGAUCAAGGGUAUGAAGUAGAGGCUGAUGGGAGAGUCAUCACCAUUUUCUCUGCUCCGAAUUAUUGUGAUCAAAUGAAAAACAAGGGGGCUUUUAUUAUAUUCAAGGGAGGGGAAAUGAAGCCCAAGUUCAUUCAAUUCGAUGCUGUGGUAUUUGCUAUGGUCUAUGAAUCAUUUAGGAACAUCCUAAGUUACCACCCAUGGCUUAUGCUAGAAAUUAUGGAAUGUUUAUGUGAAAAACACAAUAUUAAGUUUAUGUUUUUGUGCAAAGAAUAAUUCGC